CACACACACACACACACACAUUGAACGUACGUACACACGUACACAUAGUUACAGAUACAUUUUAUUAUCAUUGUUUUUUUUUAUAUUAUUUUCUCUUUUGUACGCUUGUCGUACGCCACCUAUGUGAAAUUGUGUAUUCUUAUUACCUAGCUCUGGCUUCUUGUAGUGCUGGUGACGCUGGUGUUCCGAUUGGGCUACUUAAACAUACAUUUAAUUGUUAUUGUUCUUAUGACCCCGUGAAGUUUGUUAUUUUGUUCACUGUUCAUUAAUACCUAUAUAUUUUUUUGUAAUCACAUCAAUAUGGCGUAGUGCCGUUGUUCUAUUUUGUCUUCGUCGUCACCGUCACAACCGUCGGAACCAUAUAGUGCAAGUGCAAUAUAGUUUCGAUAAUAAUCAGUAACUAUACAACUUAGGUACCUAACUACUUAAUACCUACCUAUUUACUCAGUAGUAACCGUAUAGUGUAAUCGUUGUUUUAUUUAAUCUCUUCAUUGUUAACGUUUUGGUUUUUGAAAAUACAAUUAUAUAGAAUUAUAUAAUAUAAAAUGCAAUAUACCUACCAUCUAUAUUUAAGUGUUUUUGUUGUUGGUGUGUAACGAUGAAGAUGAAUUAACAGAAUUCCAUGACUCCGACGGUUUUUGGUACGAUCCCACGCCGGAUAUUUGUAGCUUAUUCAUAGCACAGCAACAUUGGCCAUCAACUUACAAUUAUGACUACAUCUAUCAGAUCCAUUCCAUCUGACAAGGUAUAGUGUUAUUGAUAAUUAUUUUUUAUUAUUAUAUAUUAAAUGUUUCAUUGAUCAUUCUUUUCAAAAUUUCAUUAAAUAGGUAUUACAAAUUGGUAGAUUAUGAAACAUUGAUUUGUGUUCACAUACAAUCUUAUUAGAAAGUAGGUCCCUAUGUUAUCAUAAUACAUUUUAUAUAGGUACAUUACAAGUUAUCUACAUAUAGUUUUCUUAGGUUCCAUGUACCUAUUUAUCUGAAAAUUUUAAUUUAGUACAUAAUCUAUAGUUAAAUUUUUUUAUAUUUCAUGUAUAGCAGUUUUUCAGUAUAAUAUGGGUACUAUCAUAUUUUUAGAUUAACUAACUUAUAGAGAAAGUCUAUCAAUAAGUCUACCUUACUUUGUUUUAAUUGAAAAAUAAUUUUCUUCAUUCAAAUUUAGAUAAAUCAAACUAAAAUUAAUUUUAUAAUUAGAUAGAUAAUUCAUUUUUUUUUAUGUAUUAAAUAAAUAUGAAUCGUUUAAAUAUUACCUAUAUCUAUCUAUGUUUUAUUUAUAUGUAUAUACUUGUAUACCCAGAUUUCUACCUAUAUUUUAAUAGGUAAUACAAUAUGUAUUCUAAUUAUAACAAAAAAUAUUUAAAAUGUAUAAGUACCUAGGCACCUAUUAAGUACUCUAUUCUAUUCUAUUAUUUUUGUUUUUCUCUUCACCUUUAUCUUAUAGUGGGGUCAGUUACUGUUAUUUUUUCCUUCCACAUCUCAAUAUUUAUCCACCAUUUCUUCAUCUACUCCAUACGUAUGUCUUUUCAUAGUAAUAUUUCUUAGAAAUACCUUAAAAGUUACCAUAUUAUGUUUGGACUUAUUUUAUUUUAAUAAAGUUUCUUUGUUCGAGUUGUAAUGUUUGUUUAAACACCAUACAAAACUAAUAAUUCUUUAUAAUUAAAAAUGCUAUUAAACUACAGUGAAUUUCAGUUUCAUAUGAAGCAUUGUACUAUUAUAUCUACCUAUUCAAAUUAUAAAUAGCAGGAUGAAAAUAAAUGGGAAUAGUAAUUUUAAUGUUUGUAUUCAAUUUAAUUUGAAAUUUCGAUAGUCGCAGUCUGUUAUUGAUAUUUUUAAGGAUAUUAUAACUACUUAUUCUAAUUAGUAAAAUAUCCAAUAAAAAUUAAGUGUGCCUAUCAUUAAUUAUUUAAUUUACUAAUUUUAAUAAUAAAAAAUUAGUAUUAUAUAAGCAGUAGAUACCCAGUAUUUUCUAUAUUAUUCAUUGUAAUGUCUAUAUUACUUUAGUAUGGGGUAAGUAGUAACUAAAUGUAUAAAAAUAAAAUUCUGAGUAAACUAUUCAGUAUGUUUACCUUUGUAUUUAAUAGUUUUCUUAUGUAGGUACUCACUUGCUUUUACUUAAGUAAAUUUUACUUCAUAAAAUAAGUACAUUAGGUCAUUAAAUAAGUAAUUUAUUAAUCUGCUAAUGGAUUAUCAUAUUCUAUUAAUUUCAAUAUAUUUUUACUUUAUGGGACAACCUCUUUUUGAUAAUUUUUUUUUUCUUUAUUGAAACUUUUAUGGUUAAGCAUGCUGAGAACGUUGAUGCAUUCAGAAUUUGGGGCUUGGACUUAGUUUAUAGUGUUAUAUAACACAUAGAAAUCAGUUCAAUAACAUUAUGUGUAUUAUGUUGUUAUCAAGCGAACAAGUGACAAUGCCUGGUCUCUAGUUCCACCUGUAAUACUUUUGACUUUACCCUAUUACCUACCUGAUGAAGUUUUGCACUUCACAUCGAGAGUUAUUUUCUAUUAAACUUGUCUGAGUGAGUUCAGCGAUCAAAUGACCACAUCGAGUAUAUAUGUGCAUGAUAACAGUCUUACGGGAGGAUCGAAUGCUGAACACUAAAUUAUAAUAAAAGCAUAGUUAUUACUGUGAAACAGAUUGGCUUUUAUACCCCAAUUUCUGGUUUCACUAACACUUUCAUCAAAAAUUAUAGUCAAAAAAAUGAGUGUCCUUUAAAGUAGAAAAGUUCCGUGGCAUAGAAACAUAUAUUAGUAUCAUUAAACAUACCUAGUACCUAUGUAGGUUUUAGUUUUGAUUAAUUAGUUACUAAUGGUACAUGUUGACAUUUAAUAAUUACAACAGAUAUAAUUAUUUAAUAAUGAAACAUUUAUCAAUAUUAUAUUAAGAAGUUCGAUUUGUUUAAGCCCCCCCCCCCAUCCUAGUAAGAAAGGGUAAUUUGGCCGUUUAUUAAACUUAAUUAAAAAACUAUAGUAUUACAUACAAAUUUACCAGACCUUAAAUAUAAAGCAAUGAUUUGUAAAAAAGCGUCUUGACAUUUUUAAGUAUGACGUUUUAAUUUAUGAGAAACUUUGUCAACACAUUUUUUUUCUAGAUGUCUGUAUGUUCUAUAUUUUAAAUAUGGUACAUUUUUAUGUAAAUGUUACAGUUUUUAAAUUGGUUAUUUUUCAACCCUUUUGCAGCACAUGAAGAACUACAUCUCCAAAUUUCACCAAAAUUACUCUUUUAUACCUAUCAAAACAUAAAAUGUAUUAACAUGAUCUAAAUUUUUUUCCUUCAAAAUAUUAUAAUUUAUAAAAUAAAUAGUAUUGAGUACCUUCAUUGCAAUUUUCAUAAAUGUGAAUAUCAAUCAUGUCAAUACUAAGAAAGCUGUUUAAAUAUUAAAACAUUAAGUUAGAUAACUAUUUCUGAAUCUAUUGUUUAGUGUACAUAAUUUAAAUUUGUUUACAUUUUAUCAAUUUCAUAGUUGAUUCUAUAAGAAAUUAUAAUUAAAUAGUAGCAAUUUUUAUUUUAUCUAGUUUUAGCUCUACUAUAACUAAAUUGCUUCAAUUAAAUAAUCAAAAAUCAAAUUAUGAGAUGGGUAUGAUAUUUAUUUAAUAAUUAAGCAUUAUACUUACCUGAAAAAAAAAACGAUAAAUGCUAUAUCCAAUAUAGUAUCACAUUUCCAAAUUAUAGUGUCUUCUUUUAGUAAAAACCUAUAUAAAAUAUAAAUAUUAACUUAUGUUUUUGAAAUUUUCAAUUGUAUUUUUAUUACUAUUCAACCAAAAAUAGGGCAUGUAUCUACAAAAAUUAAAUAAAAAAAUAUUUAAAAAUAAUAUAAACUAUAAUCUAGAUAGUUAUAUACCACAGUUUUUAUUAUAUGAGGUCUGUUCAAAAAGUUCUGGGACUGUUUGAAUUGCGCGUCAAUGGAGCAUCCAAGAACAGUAGAAUUGAUAUUAUUGACUUCCUCGACUCCUCCAGAACACAUCUAUUUGUGUAGUUUGUCUAUAACAUUUUUUGUAAAAUAUUGUUUUCAUAUUUGGCAAUUUUGUAAUAAAACCUAGAAGAGAGGUUUUUGGAGCAGGGGGUGGUGAAGUAGAUAAAAAAAACUGUCAAAUAAAAUAAACACCAGUCAAAUCAAAACAAAGAAAGUUACAGAGAAUCUACAAUUGUAAAUGUACUUCAGAGGAGUCACAGAAGUUAGUGAUAUCGAUCCUCCACUGCUCUUGGGCGUUCCGUUGGCGCGCAAUUUAAACAGUCCCAGAACUUUUUAAACAUAUCUGAUAUUUAAUGUUAAUGUCUUAUGAUUAAACUGUGUAAGAUAAGGCAUGUAAGAAGAGUGAUUAAAAAGUAUAAAUGUAUUAUAUUAAUUGAAUAAGUUUAUUGGGUGGAAGUCAAUGUACAUAGUAUUUUAUACUAUACAAUACAUUACAACCCUGAUAAAAACUAAUAAAAAAUAAGAGAAUGUGCCAAGGUGAUACAGUAGUAUCAAUUUUGUUUUUGAAUGAUUUCUACAAGAAUAUUUGAAAACUAUAUAAAAUUAAUAAUUUUUAUUUUAAUUUACAAUAUAUUUGAUUUAUUUAUUUUCUUGUCAAAUAUUUAUUUUUAUCUUUUUAAAUACUAAUAUCCACUACUAACAAUGAUAAGCCCAAAAGGUUAAAUUGGACUUAAAUGGACCAGUUUGACUCAUUUCAGUACGUUUUAUUUUAUAAUUUUAAAGUAGGGAAGACUUAGAUUUCAUUAGUGAGAAUAUAGUAAAGUUCUAAUGAGCUGGGGUUUGACUGGGCCUAAAAAUAUUGGCUAACGUAUAACAUUAUAGAGCUCUACUUUCUAUCUACAACAGUAUCACAUUCACCAGCAGUAUCAGCUCUUCUUUUAAAUUUUAUUUGAAUUAUAUACCUUUAUUUUAUUAUCAUAUUAUUAUAUAUACAUAUUAUUUUCAUCUAUUUUAUUAUUAUAAUACCUAUUCAGUUUUUACUCUACUAUUAAGUAGAGUAAGUAUGUGUUACCCGUUUAUUUUUUUUUCAUUUUUUUGAAUUAGUGAUGAGUUAUGAAAUAAUUAUUAAGUCAAUACAUAUUUAUAAUACUACUUUUAUAGAAAAUAAAUUGUAUUACAAUUUUUCAAAAUAUUUUUUUCUAUUUUUGAGUUGCCCAAUUAUAGCUGUUUUGCAUUUUCGGAUUAAAAAAUACGUUUGUUCAAUUUAUGUGGAUAAAAUUAUUUUAGCCCAGUAUAAUUGCCCAGUAAAUUUAAUUUAUAUUUGUCAUUAAUUGUUCUUAAUAGUUAAAAAAACACUAGUUUAAUUUACUACAUAAUGUAAAUUUAGUACUUGUUAAACUACAAAGUAAAUUAGUGUUUGAAGUUCAAAUUGUUAACUAUUUAUUUCAAAUAAUGUAUCAUUAAAUUCAAUAAAUAAUUACAUAAAUGAUGCUCAUAAACUAGCUCUUCAUUUUACCUGAAUCUACUUAGAAUUGUUCAAGUUGUAAUUAUGAUAUUAAUAAUCUAGUAAGUAAUUAUGCUGCACUGAAAACAGAUGAUACUCCGGUGAUUGAUCAAACAUCAACGUUUAGAUUCAGAGUGCAGCAAAGAAUUUAUUGGUUUUUCUGUUUUGUUUUUUCAUGUUUUUUGUCUGUAAACAAAUUUCCAAACAAAAAACAUGUUCCAAUCAAAAAAUGACAAGAGACCUUUUUUGUUGUAUCUUAGAUUAAGUUGUUGAGGAAGAAAAUAAUUUUUUUCAUUUUUAGUAUAGUUUUUUUUUAUUAAUUGAUGAAAACCGUACAAAAUGUAAGGAAACAGUUAAGUUUAAGAAAUUAUUGAUACAAUGUUGUUGUUAUAAUUCAGUUAAAAAAAUUAGUAAGGAACUUGCAAUUUUAAUUAAAAACUUGUAAUUGAUUUUUCUAGACAUGAUUAAAUUUUUAAAGCAUUUUAGCUAUUUUUAAGCUAAAUAGCUAUAAUUAUUAAUUUAUAAAUUCAUGUCCUUAUUUUUUUUAUUUAAUAUAAUUAAAAAUUAAUUUCGUGAAAAGAUUAACUUCUAUAGUUUUAAAAUUAGUUCAAUUAGUAACAUUCUGAAAUAGAUCUGACCACUAAGUGUAGAGUAUUUUCAACAGAGUUUAAUCACGACUACUUUGUGACUCCAUUUUAUAGUGCUUCAUGUAAUUUGAAAAUAAAAAAAAAAAAAACAAAUUUAAUUGUUUGCAAUGUUUAAAUGUUUGAAGUUAAUCUGAAAACUUGAUGUGGCUAGAUAAAUUUUGGGCAACCAAACUAAAAAUAAAAUGUGUGGCUUUACAGAUGAUUUUCCAUUCUGUAAAAACCAAUUUGCUAAAUAUUGUUUUUGGUUUAAAGUAGAACUAACUUCUCUAAUGUUCAGCAAGGAUUGUAUUGGUUUUACUAUGUGUGUUAUUUGUUUAAUGUGUGUAUAAACAAUUUUUCCACCAAUAAUCUUGUUCCUAUUAAGUGUAGGAUCUUUUCUAAAUGCAAAUAUUGGAGAGGUCAUUUUUUGAUUUUUCUUGUAUUUUUUUUUCAAUUAGAACAAAUUAUGCCAUAACGAUUUCCAUCAUUUUUCGAAUUUGUUUUUUAAUUUUCAUUAAGUUAAAUAUAAGUGUAGACAUUUUCCAAAAAUACUAGUAAUUUUUGAGUCAUUUUAUAGCCAUUUGUAAUUUUUUAGUUUAUUUAUUGGAUUUUAUAAAAAUAAAUUGUACAUAGUAGUCAAAAAAAAAAGUUAACUGUAAUAUAGUAGUUUUUUUAUAAACGUGUUGGAAGUACAAAUGUUGGCGAAAAUCAUAAAAAUUACGGCAUUCCAAAACAUAUUUAGCUGAACUUUGCUUAAAAUUGUAUUUAGUUUGCAAUGAUUUAUCUAGUUACAGGUAUAAAUUAAAAAACUUAAUGUAUCCUAUCUUCUUACCUUCCAACCUACAACAUUAGCUCAUUUUUUAAAUUUGUAACAUUAGAUCGAGUACUAGACAUAAUUAUUAUACUAAAUCACUCAAAUUCACAUUCAUUGUCCUAGUCUUAAAUACGUUUAUUACUUGGAACAUAGUAUAAGCUAUAAUGAUACGCUAAUCUUAGAAAGUAUUUUUUUUUUUUUUUUGUAAUUUAUUUCAUAGGACUUAAGAAACGAGCAGUUUCACAAUUUUAGAUCUAUAUAAUUUUUUGUCACCUUUGUUUUAAGAGGUAUAACCACCAGGUACCUACUUUUAAUUUUCAAAUAGCAACCCACAUUUAAAAUUACAUAAAUAGAUGAAGUAUUAGUUAAAAUAAAUUUUGGUUUUGAUAUUUUUGAUUUCCGUUAAUCUGUUAAUGAGAUAUUCCACUAAAUUUGGGCCGGGGGAGAGUAGUGGAGCAUCAUUUGUGUGGCAGCACGGCCUCUAAUGUUUGAAUAGUACUCAUUACUCUGCCCCUACUUAAAAAGUAGAAUAUCUCGUCAAUGGGUUGACGGGAAUCAUUAGUUUACCCCCAAAAAUAGGGGUGACAAAAAUUAGUAACAUAAAUUUAAAAUUGUAGAGCUGCUUAUUUCUUAAAUUUUCUAUAAAACUAAUUCCGAAAAAAGUUAAUAGGCUUUCUAAGAUAAUGCAUUUACCCACAUAAAUGGAUCACCUUGUAUUUUAAAAGGAACAAAAUCGAUCUGUUUUUAUUUUUCGAUUGGAACAAUAUUUCUGGUAGAAAACAUAGUUUGCAAAAAUUAACAAUAAUAAAAUCGUUAAUGCCGCAGCGCGCUGUAAAUAUUUUUUCGUUUUACCUAUAAUUUUCUUUCCGGGUUUUCACAUUUAUUUUGAAAAUUUCUUGGAAAAUCAAAAAUUUACCUUUCAAAACAUUGGAUUACGAUUUCUUUUCCAAAAGUUGUUAACAGGCAGAAAAAAAAAAAGCACACAGUAAAUUUACUACAUUACACUCUUUACACAUUACUUAUCAUUUUUGAUCACUAAGCACAAUCUCCCUUUAAAUUUUUAAGCAUAUUUAGUUGGUCAAAUUAUUUUAAUUUAGUUAGUCACAUAGUACCUGCCAAAUAAAAAUGAUGUAAAAAAAAAACACAAACAUAAAAUGCCUAUAAAGAGUUCAAAAAUCAUCUAAAUAUUUAAUUUACCACGUUUAAUAAAGGUAGAUAUACCGUUUUAUCUAGGUUUUUUUAUUGUUAUUAUACUCAAUUAUUAAAAAACUACAAAGAAUCCCAUAAAACAGUUUUCAUACUCUCCAUCUUGAUUAACAAUGCAACAAAAAAAAGUAGCUUGUCAAAAAAAUUACUUCGUUAGCAAUUAGAUCCAAAAUGAAACAAAACGGUAUACUUGGAAAUAUUUUAUUAUAAGUCUUUCUUGUAGAAAACAUUGAUCGUUGAAAAUUAAAAAUAAUUAAAUCGGCAGGUAUAACGCCUCGGCGUACUGUAAAUAUUUGCCGUUUUUCCGAUAAUUUUUUCCCGGUCUUCCCAAUUAUUAUGAAAAUCUAGAAAGUCAAAAAAAAGGCUUCCUAUUAUGGCAACUAUGUACAAUUUCUUUUCAGAAAAGGUAUUACACUUGAUACAUCGCUGGCGCAGAUCCGUGGUGGGGCGAUAGGGACGGAAAUCGUUCAUUUGCUAAUAAUAAAUAAUUAAUAGUAACAGAAUAUGUUGGGAAACACCAGAACACACAUUAUCUUAUCUGUAUGUAUUUCAUAAAACCAAUGAUAUACUUACGUAUCUAUGUCGUAAUAAUAUAUUGUAUGACCCAUUCAUUCGUAUAGACUUAUACUUGUAUACCAUUCAUUUUAUGAAUUUACAGAAAUAAUACAAAUAAUUAACCUCCAAUAAAGGUUAAAAAGAAAAAAUAGUAAUUCGAUUUUUGAAAAUUCGCCCCCCUUCUGAUUUCUGGAUUGAAACAUCAGAGCAUGUUUCGCGUUUGAAGAGUUGCUUACAGACACAAAAAAAAAAACAGUAGGUAUGAGUUCAAUAAUUGAAACUUUACAAUAAGCCUCAAAAUGUAUGCAAUUAAAAAUAUCAAUAUUAUCCAUAAAUUAUAAUUUAGAUAGCGUUUCUUAUUACUGAGUUUAAUUCAAAAACUAUAGUAAAAAUUAACUAUUAAAAAAUAACACAUUUAAUAAUUGUGAAAAUUUAAUAUUAAAUUAAUAUUUACAAGUGAUUUUGGAAUGUGGUGUAUUCGGCAACGAUGUACGUUUGUAUUGGAUAUAUUUUUCAUUCAAUAAUUAUAGACUUAUAGAAUAUUUUUUGAUAUUGUAUAUAAUUUCAGUGAUGGAAUAUUCUUCCGUAUAGCUAAUAACUGGUGUAAAAAACUCCGCUGAAUUUAAUAGUCUUAUAAUAAAUAGAAUUUAAUAGAUUAAACCAAAAAACCACCAGCCAACUUUAAUCGAAAAAAUGAUUUAAUACAGCAUAAUAGAAAAGUUUUGCUACCAGGGGAGUUUAAUUACGCAUGGUGGUAAGACAACAAUCGAUAUUAAAACAAGAAGAAUGAUGACGAAAAGCAUUUUAGCAAGAAUAAAAAAAUUACGAACAAAAAUCUCAAUAUUGAAAUAAGAAAGAUAUUUGUCAAUAACUGGGUUGCUCUCAGAAUCUAAAAAUAUUUAAUUAUUUACAUUCAAAAUGUGUGUAGGUACUUCACUAUUAUAUAAUAUAUCAAUAUAUCAUAUAUUUUGUAUGUAUACAAUAUACAUAGGUUUAUCAGAAAUGUACAUUCAAAAUCGAAAAUUGUCUUUUUUUUUGUGUUUUGCGACCUUAUAAUAUCAGUAGUUUUUCCCUCUAUCCCUCUAGUCUUACAGUCGACCACAAAACCGUCAUCAUAUCGAUUGCGCCCUUCACCGGUGGGUUUCAUUAUCUUUCUCCCUCCAUUUCGCCUUGGACCGCUGACCCAUUUCUGAGUUGAAUAGCCACCCUUUUUACAACGAACGUAUUCUAUUUCUGUAAAUAAAUUACAAGUCAAACGUUUGACUAAUAUUCAUUCAUAAUUAACAUCCCGUUCUAUUUAUUUAAGACGUAUAAUAACUAUUAUUGUCCAUAUGUUACAUUUAUUGUAAUAUUUUUUUUAACAGUAAAAUUAUUAUUUUUUCAUAUACUUAAUUGAAUAAUUCCUUGUUCCUUUGUGUUAUUUUCGUAAUUAUACUCAAAAACAAUUAAUUGCAUUAUCUACCCAUGUCCCAUAAUCAUUAUAUACCUAUGGGAAAUGAUGUUUAGAUAUUUGUCAACAUAUUUUAGUAUAAUCUAAGAAACCUAUGCAUAUGUAUAUAACUAUAAGGUAAUAAUUACCUUUGCAUAUAACAUGUAUAAAUAAAACCAUUCAACGAAAAGUGAAUUCUGCUUUAGAAAUAUAUAAAUAAACAAACGGACAUACUUCGUACGUUAGGUGGGCUACUGUUGUAAUUGAGAAAUUUGAAUCAUUGAUAACGAAAAACGAUUCUGAGCGGAGUUUGGUUGUACAUGUUUUGAAAGGCCGUAAUAUUUACGAAUUAAAAAUAAUACAUUUCGUAAAUUUUCCCUUUUUUCUCAGUUUUUUACAUUUAUUAUAAAAACAAACUGGGACUAACAAAAAAAAUAACUUCCCUAGAUCACAUUCCUCGUUUUUCUCAGAAUCUAAUGCACUAGGUAUUUAGAUAUUUAAAUUUAUAAUAUUGUAUAUAAAUAUAUAACUAAAUAUAUAUUUAAUAUAAUACUAAUUCAGAUAUUAAAUCAUGUCUAUUGUUUAUACUAGCUACUCAUAACUUAGCACACGUUUUAGGUUAUACUUAUGUGAUGUCCAUACAUAUUGCCCUUGUUCAAAAACAAAGGUAUAAAUUCUAGAUAAUGAGUAGUAUAGGAAACUAUCAUAGUUUAAAAUUAUUUAAUUCUGUUAGUCAGUAGUCAGAGUAGAUUGUGUGUAACUUUAAAAUAGUGUUUUUAGUUUUUGUUAACAUUUUAAAACUAAUAAUGUUAUUUAGUUACACACCAAAGAGUGAUAAAUGUUGUGCUAGUAAUAAAUUUGUUGUUCUUGUGGCAGCAGUAAAUGGUCUAGAAUCCGAAGAUUUAUUAAAAACAGAGGUUUAUCUGUUGGAAAUUAAUUUUUAACAUGAACAUGCGCAUUAAAUAAAUUCAUAUAUUUUGUUAUAUUUAUGUUGCAGAUAAAUCUCCGAUUGAUUCUUGUCAGUGGUAAAACUAAAGAAUUCAUAUUUAGUCCAAAUGAUUCAGCGGGUGAUAUAGCUCAAGCAAUUUUUGAUAAUUGGCCGGAAGGUAAGGAUAACUUCUAAUUAUAUAAUAGUUAAAACUUAUAAAAAAAAUUUUUAAAGGUAUUGUAUGUGACAUGCAAACUCUUAUACAUUUGAAUAUUUUACCCUUAAUAUCAAAAACCGAUAUUGCAUAAAUUUUCCCGUUUUUCUAAUGUUUUUUACCCAAUUAUAUAAAAAUUUAUUAUAAGAGUAAUCAAUGUAUAACAUCUUCAAUACAUUGCAACUAAUCUAAAUUUGCUAUCAGAAACUAUCCCUGAUAUUUUGAUGAUUGGAGGAAGAUUUCUAAUAGUUGUUAAAAAAGAUACUAUUGACUAUUGUUACUAUUCUGACGUGUAGGUGAGAAGUUGAUAUGGCAUAGAAUAUAUAGGGUAGUUAAAUUUAUAUCUGUAGAAAUCUUUAAAUAAAUAAUUGCUAACAAAAAACAAUUCUAAGCAAAGGUUGGUUUAUCGUAUUUUAAAAUGCUGUAACUUUUAAGAUUUUUAUCAAAAUUUGAACUUAAAUUGCAUAUAAAAUUAAUUUUUAGGCUCCACAAAUAAAAUAUAUGCUCAACAAUUUAAAACAAGGUUCGUUAUAAAAUAUGUUAUGUAGUGAAAAAAGAGUCUAUCUUAAUUUAUAAUACAAUUAUAAAUAAGUAUUUACAAUUUUAAAUUUAAAUAUGUCAACAAAUGUUCAACCCAACACAGAAUCGCUUUUCAUUAGCAGUGUUUUAUUUAAACAUUAUUGUAGAUGUAAAUGUAAUAAUAUAUGUAUGUAAAUAUGUAUAAUAUAGCUUAUGAAUUACAAUAUCUAUUUUUAAGGUAAUGAAAGAAAAAUCUUUUUUUAAUUUUUGAAAUUUUUAAAAAUUCAAGGAAAAUGCAAUUUUUUUCAAGUUAUCAAGGUUUUUAGGAAAAAAUAUUGACUUUAAGAGUUUUUAAAAUGUAUGUGCAUACCUAUUAUUGUGUUUAAUUAUUAUAUAGUAAACAAUUGCGUAUAAAAAUUAUCCUUCUAUAUUCAGCACACAGAAUGUGAGUUAUCUAUAGUUUUCUAUCACGUAAUUGAGGUUUUCACAAGAGAACAGCAUUUAUUUCGACUUAUCGAGGUUCCACUGUACUUCUAUUUUCUAUUGUUCAAAAUUAAAAAAACUUAGGUUUUUUCCUACAAUGGUUUAUUAUUUCAAUAACUAUUUAAACUAGAUUAAUUUAAAUGUAUUGACUUUCCCAGCUUUCCACCCAUGGCGUGAAGUAUGUGAGACUAGCUUAUUUACUUUUAAUUAUUGUGUUUUAAAACACCUUAAUUAUUACAUUAUAAAACAGUAAAAGUACACAUCGUAAUUUUAAAAUGUGUUCAACAAUAAUUAUUAUUAUUAGAAUAAAAUUAAUAAUAUUCAUUUGAUUGAUUGUAUGUAGAAUGUCAACACAAUACAGUAUACAUACACGCUGCACCAGUGGUUGGGGGGUAAACCUGGGUAAUAUGGACUGAAUCCAGUGUAUAGGUGACAUGAAAUCCUCCAUUAAAAAAUGAAAAAUAAGAAGUUUUUAUUUUUUCAAACCAAAUUGUGUUAUUUCUAUCAAUGCAAUCGCCACCACAAUCAGAACAUAAUAUUCCUUCCCCACCAAUCACUCUUCAACAAUACCACUGCUGUUUCUAAAAUUGUAUACACAAAACAGGCAUAUUACAAAGUUUCUAUCUUUAAAAUAUUUCUAUUUAUUAAAAUGUAUAUUAUUUUUCUUUGUACAGUAUUUAUCUUUUUUUAACAAUAAAAUCAUAUUUUUUUUUUUUCUAGAAUCUAGUUUAAAUUGUUUAAAACUACAUAUAAUUUAAUGUUAAGGUGACACAGUGUUGAUUUUUCGUGGAUAAAGGUGACAUGAAUCAAAAAGGUUGAAAACCACUGCACUACACUGUACAUUAUAAUACUUGUUAUGCUGGUUAGCUUAUGACUCAAGACAAAACGAUUAUUUACUUAAAAAAAAAAAAAAAAAAAAAAACUGCUAUUCGAUGUCUUCCACUAUGAUUAUGGUAGAUAAAUCCUCGAUGGUAAGCUUUCUUUUGGAUCCUUCCAUAUCUGUAAACUAUGCUCUUUCAUUUUCCCCUUUGAUAGGUCCAUUCUUGUCGCUUUAAGUGCUUGUGAUGGACAUUAUAGGUUGUUAUAAUAGAUCAUAACACACAUUAACCAAUAUUUACAAUGAAGAAUUCAUUUUUUUUUUUUUCUGUAAAUUGGAGGAGAAAUAUUUAUGUUAUGACAAGUGUAGUACAACAAUGCAUGCACAAAAGAAUUAAGAAAUUAACAAUAAUUUUUUAUCAAAAACUGAUUUUGGGAAAAUUAAAGUAAUGCGUAGAUAAUACAAAUUUGUAAUAUUUACUUAAUUAAUCUCAUAUUUCAUAUAAAGAAUAUAUUUUGUUAUUAUUAUUUUUUAAAUUUAAUCUAUGACUUUACUACGACAUUGCUAGGUUAGCUAAGUAACGCAAAUCAAGUUACGAAUAAUAAUAUUUUGGUAAGACCGUAGGCAUAAUAUAAUAUAAAAUGUUUUCCCACACAUUGAUACACGGUUGAUACAUCUCUAUUUUGGAAGGAAAUAUAAAUGUCAUGACGCCAUCGUAAAACAUAUCAAAAACACUAAAUGUGUAACCAGGCCCCAAUACUACAUAGGUACAAAAUUUUACAACACAAUUUUAAUAAUACAGUAAAACUUCCGUUAACAGUCACCUCUAAAAAACAGUUACCUCUGUGUACAGUCAUUUUUUUCAAGUGUUAAACCUCUAUAGAACACCUCUAAAUAGUGGCCAUUAUUUCCGGUCCCUUCAGUGACGUUUAUAUGAAAGUUUUAUUGAAAUUGCAGUGUUUAAAAUAUAUUUUUAUAUUUUACUAAGAAAUAAUUUUUACUUGUGAUUUUAUAUUUUCUGGAACAUUUAUUAUUUAUAAUUUUAUAAAUAAUCAUGGAAAAUAUAUGUUUUUAUUUAAAAAUUAUGAAUAAUUAUUAUAGCCUCUGUAUAAAUUUCAAAAUGUAUAGUAACUCUCUUUGUAUAUUAAAACAGGCACAAAAUUUUGAUUUUCAAAUAGUGACCAAAGAAUAUUAAAAUUAAUAAACUAAUUUAUCAACAAUAACUUUCAACAUUCUGCUAAGAAUCAUAAAUAAUAGUAUAUAUUGUAAAACAAAACUAGAGGGUUGAUGUGCUAUUUGACAUUAUUUAAAACUUAAAUACUGUAGUGUAAAUAUUAGGUUAAUAUAAGUUAUGUAAAUUAGUAUUUAUUUAGUGUUUAUUCAUCUUAAAGUAAACUAGUUAUUAUUAAUAACCAGCUUAAACGUUUUAAUUAUAUUAAUAAGUAAAUAUAAAAAUUGUGUAAUAUUGACUAACGUGUUGUAUCCUAACCCAGUGUCUUAGUUGUAUGAUAGAAUUCAAUGAAAUGCCCAGUACAUAUUACUAUGGUAAAAGUUGAUACAAUUGGCCAAUAAUGGACAGUGUAGAUUUAGAAAGAAAACAUUCAAAUCUUAUUUAAACCCAUAUAUCUAAUUGUGAAUUUUCAUUUUGUAAAAACAAUUAACCAAUCUUACAUUUAUAUGAGUUAAAAUCAAAGUUUAACUUAUUUUGUGUGUAUAUAGUAUAAUAUAAGGUUGCAUCCAAAUUGCGGGCCAAAAAAAAGAGCGAUGUUGGUCGACAACUAUAAAAACGUGUAAAUCUUAUUUACUUAAAUAUUCAAUCACUUGAUCUAAUACAAAUUUUAAAUUGUAAAAUCAAAAAAUAAGAGUCUUUCUAGGAGAAAAGUUUUUUUUGCGAAAUCUAAAAUUUAAAUGAAAAAUUAUGUACACAACUCAACCUAUAUUAUAAUUUCCACACGUAACUAGGAAACACCAUAAAAUAAUAUACUUUUUAAUUUUUAAGAAUGUUAGGUACUAUGCACUUUUAUAAAUUAUAAAAAAAUUAUUGGCAAUACUCAUUGUUCUUUUUUAACUUUAAUCAAGUAAAGUUAAAUAUAAUAUUUUGUAUAAAUGCUUUAAGUUUGUUAUUAUUUAUUAAUUAAUUUAAAACUUAUUUCAAUCUAGCUAUACAUAUAUUUUUUAUGGGGAAAUAAGACACACAUUUUAAUUUGCAAUUGCUUUUUUUUAAAAAAGUAUUUUUAGUACAUAAAAUGCACAGCCCUACUUUUAAACUAAUUCUCUCAAAAAAAUACUUUAUUCAAAAUAAUAUUUUGCAAAUCAAAUUAAGAAGAUUUAAAAUGGUGCCAAUUAAUGUUAGAGUGAAAGCUUCUUUUGAAUUCAUCAUACUGUUAGACUGUAUUACAGAACAUGUAAAUAGUUCAGUUGACUGGCAGCUGAGUUUUUUAAUACUUUCUCUCACUUUGUUUUACAUUAACAAGGCGUAUAAUGUUUAUUUAUUACAAUGAAGAACUCAAAUAUAAACAGAACAUAAAAUAUGUAGAAUUUCAGUGCAUUAAUAUUAAUAUAUAGAUACAAGGUAAAUAAUCAGAUUAUUGUCAUUAUAAGAAAAAUGUGACAAUGUGUUGUCUUUAUAUAUUUAUAAGCACUAUAUUAUUAAAAUCAUACUAACAUACUUCACAGAUGCGUGGGCCAUUGUUUUAGGCGAGAGUUGGGAUGAAAGAGGACAAAUUUAAAGUAUUUUCUAUAUGCAACAAUUAACUAUUGCUAAUGAAAAACAAUUAGACUUGUUUUGAAAGGUCUAAAUAUUUACGAUUCAAAAAUAAUACAUUUCGUAAAUUUUCCCUUUUUUCUCGGUUUUUCUCAUUUAUUUUAAAAUCCUCGUGAAAAUCGAAAAAAAAAAUUCAGUAAAAGUGCUAAAUUUAAAAAUUGGAGAAAAAGUUCCUAAAUAUUUGGAUAUUUACUUUAAAUAUUAAUAAAUGAUUUUUGAAACUUGAUUUAUAUCGGUAUUUGUGUCAGAUGUGCAUUAGUUGGAUGGGCCACAAGUCUUAAGUGGACUACUUUCAGUUUUAGAAGAACUUUCAAAAUUAUAGAUUCAAUAUUUUUUUAAUAACUUUUAUACACAGUCCUAAGUUUGUACUACAGAACUAUAGAUGCAACUAAACCUAAAAUGUUGUGGAUGCUAAAAUUGAAGAUGUCCUAUCUGCUUAUUAGGGCUUCAAAACAUACUGAUAUUUAAUUCUCAAUAUUUUCAAAUAUAUUAUUUCAUUGGUUUAUAAAAAUAAGAAUAAAGAUUUGAAAUUUAGAGUUCCCUAAUUAUUAUGAAUUAUGAGUUACCAUAAACUAUUAGUGGUAAAUUCCACCUAGAUGCUAAAAAAUGAUUUGGACUUUUAUUGAACUUGGAUAUAAUUGAGUUAUAUUUUAGGGCCACCAAAUAAUUUGCAUUAUAAUUUUUAAAUGUUUAUUUAAUUAUGUAAGAAAUAAUAUAAUUGUGGCAUUUAUUAUGGUUUGUAAGUUUUGUAGAUUUGAUGAAAAUUUAAAAUUGUUUAAAAAAUGAUUGUUUAUACUAUUUAUAUGCUAUGAAUAUUAAUGUAUAUUACACACAUUUGUUAUGAUUAUAGAUUGGACAGAUGAAGCGGUUGAAAAAGCUGAGAUCCUUCGACUGAUAUAUCAGGGCCGGUUUUUACACAGCAAUGUUACAUUGGGAGCUUUAGGCCUUGUGCCAGCCCGUACCACUGUGAUGCAUCUUGUGCCCAGGGAGACAUUACCCGAACCCAAUUCACAAGGUGAGAAGUAUGAUCGAACAGUUUCUGGUCAUUGGAUAUGGUAUAAUACGCUCCCAUCUGAUCUACAGUCGGGAUCUGACAAUAUUAGUGAACAAAGCUCAGUAGUUGAUAUUGUUGAUAGUCAAUCUCAAAAUCCUUCUAAUCCUUAAUCAUCCAUGUUAUUGAUAUUCUAUUAACUAUACUCUAAUUGUAUAUUUAGUGUGCAUUUUUGAUCUUCAGGUCAAAUAUAAUGUCAAAACAAAUUUUGUAAAAUCAAAAUAAAAAAUAUUUUUCCUUUAAAUUAAUUUGAACUAAAUAUUUAUUUUAACUAUGGAAAAUAAGGUUUAAAAAUAGUAAUAAUAAUAAUAAAGUAAAAAUAAAAUAUUUAUUUUUAUUUUUAGCUUUGUAUAUUUAUGAGUAAUUUGUUUUAUUUGAAAAACUUUUAUUCGGGUAGUAAAACUGCUCCAAAUUAUUUACAUCAUACUUUAAAUAAUACAUAUUUUUACCUAUGGGUACAUUCUUUGAAACAAUCUUUAGAUACAAUAAAAUUUAAAAAUCGACAACAAAUAUUGAUAAAGCUGUUGAUUUUGAUUAUCAAGGGUUACAAGGGAACGAGGAAAAAACCACUACUACUAUUCCACGCAAAACCAUUUUUUUUUUCAUAUUGCAUUCAGUAUAUAUUAUAUUAAAAUUAUCUUAUAUCAUAUCCCUUUCAAACUUCUCACCUAUUAUAGUGGCCUACCCAUGGUGUUGAUGUAAAGUACUUCUGGAUUUCUUUUUAAUUUUGAUUUGUAAAUUUAUUGUUUAUUUAUCAAGCUGCUAGUUCCUAUUCUUAAUAAUAAUGUAGUGGUAACCUUCUAAAAAAUAAAAAAGCUUUUAAUAAUCAAGACCUAAUUUAAUAUGUAAUAGUUGUUCAAAGUAUUUAAAGUACAUCGUAUGACAUAAAAUAUUAUUAAUUUUAAAUUGUGUGUACAAAAUAACUUAUUAAUUACUACUACUUUAUCAUCAUAAAAUUUAUAAAAAUCAUUAAAAUUCUUUUCUAAGAAAAAAACUAUUAGUUUCUUUUUUUUAAAUUGAAAAAUGGCAUACUCUUCACUUAAUCCAACAAAUCCCAUUUCUUUAAAUAAUUUAUUUGUAAUGAUUAUUAUUAUAUUUCAUAUAAAUAUUGUUGUGUUUUUAGAUCAAAGACAGAAAAGUAAAGGUGCAAGCAGUAGUUGUUGUUCAGCCGCUUGUACUAUAUUAUGAAUGUGUUCUUUAAAAAAGCCGAGCAAUUAUUAUGUAUUUAAUAAAUAAAUCAAGUAUACAACUUUAAAAACCAAUUUGUAGUGUGCGGUAUCACCAUUUCCCUAUUCUAUUUAAUAAAUUGUGACCAUUGGUGGGUUAAUGUUCUAUACAUUUUUUUGACCAUUGUAUAUUUUUCAGACAUCCUAUCCAAUUUUUAUUUUUAUUUAUGUGAAUUAUUAUAAUUAGGUCUAAGGACGAAAAGUGUAAUUCGAUUUUAAAUUAGUUUUAUUAAUACAUCACAUUUAUGGCGCAAAAACUUAAAAAAAAGCGCAAGUAUGAACCUGCCUUAUUUGUUUGUACAAAACUAAAUUUAUGCAAUUUGUUCAGUGCUUAAUUUAUUUAAUUAAACAUCCGGUUUCUAUUAUCAUGAUUACGGAUAACCGAACUAGCCCUUUUUUUUUUUUUUUUUUUUUUGUAUCAUUGCAAUGUAUAAUAAAAAUCUGUAAUCUUAUUAUCUGUUAUCAGUUGUUCGGUCUUCCGUUUAAAAAUUGUUAAUAAAAUAUAUAAAUAUUUUUAUAAAAAUAUGUAGUAUAUUAUAUAUACAUUUAAAAAAGUAACCCAUUAAAGCCCAAAUUUUCAUUUAUUUUUGGUGGUAUAAUCAAAAAAAAAAUUCCUGCUUUAUAUAGAAUAUCCAAAAAUAUUUCUAUUCAUGUUGCUAUAAUAUGGCAAAACACUGCUUUAAUGGGUUAAAGUGCAUGGUAUAUGAUAACGUUUAUCCGUUUAUCUUUAUGAUAUGUAUAAUAUAUGUGUUAAUAUUAAUAAUAUUCAUUCAUUUAAAUUAUAUUUUUGACGUGAAUGAAAAAAUAACUUACAUUUCUUUGAGUCAUGCAUUGGUUUGUGCUCAUUCUUUUAAGUAUAUGUUUUGUAAACUUGAUCUUAUUAUUGUAUGAAUGUUAUGUUGGUCUUCUUACAUCAUAUGGUUUAUAUAUAUAUAUAUAUAUAUAUAUAUGUAUGAUUAAGUAAAUACUAUUAUGGAACUCAAUAUAUAUAUUAUAAUAUGAUUUUUUUUUCGCUUUUACUCUUCUGUGAUUUUUUUUCGUUACUAUUAAAUUUUUUUCUAGUUAAUAUAAUUGUAUAAUAUAGUUCGUAUAUGAAUGUAUAAUCUCACUUUUUGAUUCUUAAUGUCAUUGUGUUUUAUUUCUAAUCUCUUUAUUAUUUUAAAUGAUAAUUAUGUCUAGGAUUAGGUGUAUAUUAUUAUUGUUAUCGUUGUAAUAUGUGUAAAGUAAAUUAAGGAAAAAUGAAAUACAUAAUUACAUAUGAUUAUUUUAAA